AACCUUUUGGUUCGAAGACACAUUUAAGAGUUAAAUCUGCGGACUGGAGCGCGCGCCUCGCCCCGCCCCCAGACUAAGGGCCAACCUUCCACAGUUCGGCUUUAGGAAGACCCGAAGAUUUUCGGACAAGUCCAGGCUUUUCCUGGAGGUUCUUCCACGAGGAGAUCUGACUGAGUUUAAGUCUGGAAAUGAGGCGGUGAAGCUCUAGUGAUCGUUUCAGAGUUUUGGAUUUUUUGCAGGAGGAAGAUGAUUUCAGCUGUUUUGGACUGUGGAAGGAACUUUGUAGUCAGCAGACAGAAGAAAUGCGCCCAGUAGAUCAUGUCCACGCUUUGUUUCUUGGUUUCGGAGUGAGUGCCAGAGUCUGACGCGCCGAGGACGCACGGGGCCCCUGGAUCUGUGUCCGCUUUUGUCCGACAUCCUGUAAGAAUGCGGGGGGCUUUUCUCCUCACUUUGGCUCUCAUUUACCUGCUAACAGGUGAGGCCGACGCACACACUCACCCCGGCCGCACGCAGCUUCGCCGACGCGCAAAUCUCGGACGUUCCCAGUUUGGCGCAAAGGGCAGAGAGCGCCACUUGGUGAGAAUGCGCCCCGGCUCUACGUCGGUAAUGGGGGUGUUUGGUAAGGCCGACAAAAGUCGGGACGCAGGAGGCCCGACGGCCCGCGAUCCGGACAUGCAGCAGGACGAGGGCGCACCGGGAGCGCGGGCCCGGGACGCACGGAUGCCCAGCGGCUCCGGCUCACCAAACCUACUGGCCAGUUUCGCGGGGAAGAACCGGGUCCUGGUGAUCUCUGCUCCUCACGACUCGGACGGCUACUAUCGGCUGAUGAUGUCUCUCCUCAAACCGGAUGUGUACUGCGAGCUGGCCGAGCGCCACGUCCACCAGAUCGUCAUGUUUCACCAGGAGGGAGAGAUGGGAGGCAAAGUGAGAAGGAUCACGGCGGAGGGCAAAGUGAUGGAGGAGCCUCUGGACACCGCGCUCGUCCCCAGACUCAUGAGCUUCCUCAAGCUGGAGAAAGGUAAGUUUGGGAUGGUGCUGCUGAAGAAGACCCUGCAGGUGGAGGAGCGGUACCCUUACCCCGUGAGGCUGGAGGCCAUGUACGAAGUCAUAGACCGCUCGCCCAUGCGCAGGCUCGAGAAGCUUCGUCAGAAAGGCUUCAUCCAGAAGUGUAAAGGAGCCGGCGUGGAGGGUCAGGUGGAGCAGGUUACCCUCACAGAAACACCAGUCGAAAGAAAACCAGACCGGACAGAAAUAAAAAGAAAGCUGAUCAGGAGGCCGCCACAUACUUCCACAACGACCACAGCUGCCACGACCACCAGCUCCACAACGACAAGACCAACCACCACAACUCGACGCACCACCACCACAACCCGGGCCACACCCACCACAACCAGAACAACAACAACCACCACCAGAAGAACCACCACAACAAAACCACCCACCACCACCACCACUCAGAGAACAACCAGAGCCCACACCACAGCUCCAUGGCUACCUGCCCCCAGGACCACUGCCAAUCCGCACUACUUCAACCGCAGAGAGAAGGAGCAGUACCCGUCUAAAAGCACCCCGUCUGGAGAUAACCACACUGACAGAGAGUCACUGAACCACAAGCAGAUCGGGCCGGUACCACCCACAUACAGACCACCCAAGUUCAGGCCAACCAAGAAGAAGAAGGUGAUGAUUAAUGAAUAUGAGGAAAAGUAUGAAGCCAGCAAACCAACCAUCAGCUACCCAGAGGAGACUGAAACCCACACGGACAUCAGUCCCACCAAGAAAGGCAAAGGCAAACACGAGAAGCACGACAAGAAAAAGAGGAAGAAUGACAAGGCUGCCAAAAAAGCAGACAGGCGAGGUGGAAAGGCAGGAAAGGACGGGAAGAAAAACGGCAAGAAGCUGUCCAAGUACUCCGAAAAAGAGGAGUACCAGAAGCCCACAAAGAAGCCGACGCCCCCUCCAAGUGGGUCUCUGGCUUCAUUCCUGGACUACUUUGAGAACAGGAGGCGACUGCUGCUGAUCACCUCCCCCAGCGAGGAGAACAGCAUGUACACUCAGCAGCGGGACGAGUACCUGGAGGCUGUGUGUGAGAUAGCCAUCAGGAGAGUCUCCAUCAUCACGAUCUUUGGCUCGCUCACCAACUCCACCAUGAAAAUCGACCACUACCAGCUGGAGAAUGACAAGCCCAUGAAGGGUCUUCGUCAGGAGGACUUGGUGAACCAGGAUCUGAUCACUGAGCUUAGGAAAGAGUUCGGCAUGACACACGAUGACUUCUACAUGGUCCUCACUGACACAGACAUGAGAGUCAAGCAAUCCUAUGAGGUGCCCAUCGCCAUGAAGGCUGUAUUCGAUUACAUCGACAUAUUCUCCUCCCGCAUCCGAGAAAUGGAGCAGCAGAAGAGAGACGGCGUGGCCUGUAAGAAAGAGGACAAACCCCGAUCACUGGAGAACUUCCUGUCCAGGUUCCGUUGGCGACGGCGUUUGUUCAUCAUCUCCGCCCCCAAUGAUGAGGAGUGGGCGUAUCAGCAGCAGCUGUACGCACUGACCAGCCAGGCGUGCAACCUUGGUCUGAGGCACAUCGCAGUUCUGAAGUUGGUCGGCACGGAACCACUGGAUAUGGGUGGAGUCUUGGAACUGUAUCCUAUUAACGGGAGCGCCACAGUGGAGCGCGAGGGGCUGUCAGGAUCCCUGGUCAGAGACAUGAGGAACUACUUCCAGGUCAGUCCAGAGUACUUCUCCAUGCUCCUCGUGGGGAAAGACGGCAACGUUAAGUCCUGGUACCCCUCGCACAUGUGGUCCAUGGCCAUCAUCUAUGACCUGGUGGACUCCAUGCAGCUUCGUCGGCAGGAAAUGGCCAUCCAGCAGUCACUCGGCAUGCGCUGCCCCGAGGACGAGUACGGCGGUUACGGCUAUCACCAGCACGGAUAUGAACACGGUUACCAAGAAGGCUAUCACCAGGGAUACUCUUACUAAUAAAAGUCCUGAGCGUAAUGUAACUCUGCAGCCGGAUUUGGCUCCGUCAGAACUUCAUUUGAUCUUUGACUUUUUUCAGACCUCCACCAAGCAUUUGGCUCAGCUGGAGCAAAGUCCAUCAGUGUUGCGAAGUGGAAACCUUAAAAUGUGUGCGUUCACCUAUCCAGCUCUUUGAUAUGUAGCUCAGCAUCCCAACAUGGGAAGGACACGGAAUCGGCCCUUAUGUAACUUGGGUCCACUUGGACAAUAACUCAGAUAGAAUAAAGAUAGUUAAUGGUCUAAAUUCAGACCUUCAGCUUCAAAGGUUUGGGUGAAAGCUGUAGGAACGACAGCCAACAGAAUCUCUAAUUAAUGGGACUUCGACUUCAUUAGCAGGGAGGAGAUAACAGGAGAGGAAUUUGUUUUUAAAGAAAGUAUGACAUUGACAUUUGGAAUCUGCUGCCGUCAGUGAAACACUGACUUGAAGAGAUCACGAAAAGAAAAAAUUGGUGCGACCAUAUCAACUGGUAGCUGGUUCUCUUAUUUCUGGACACGAUAUUCAGUUCACUUACUCCAGUGACAAAUGUCAAGAUAAGUCGCACCAGUAUGCUACAUACCAGUAAGAUUUGAACCUUACCCAGCCCAUGAGCAAGUACACUGGCAGCAUUGGUGAGGAAAAACUCCCUCAGGUGUUUUUUUGAUUACAAGAAGAAACCUCAAGCAGAUCAGACUCAGAGGGGUGACCAUCUGCUCUGGACAUACCAACAAAUAAACCAAAAGAACAAAAAGGACAGGUUAAACGUGCAGAGAGGUCAAACGACGUGGCUCGGCAACCGUAUACACCGGUCAUCGUGACAGUUAUUCUAAUUCUCAGUGUUACUGACGAUAACGCGCACGGUGAAAUUCACAGCUCUGUAUGCGGUUACAAAAUAAAGCCCAUAGCCAGUGGGACGAGACAUGUCUGUAUGAGAGGCGGUCAGAACGCCACUGUGAAUGCCUCUGCAAAGCACAUUCACCCAAAAAGAAACAAAAAUGUUUACCUGACAAAGAACUUGAAACUAGUUAAUAAAAGGUGAUGAGAGAUGAAGCUGUUCUUUCAGAGCUGAUUAAAAAAGCACAAAAGCCUGGUGAUUAUUUUUUUUUUUUUUUUUGGCAGUGUAGCCUGUUUAUUGAGUAACCACGCCCAUCUCUCAUUUAUAUCAAGCCCGUACUAUUUGUUCAAUUAAAUAUUGCAUUACUUCACCUCCUUCUUUAAAACCAGUGUCAUCAGCUCAGCUCGGACCGUGGAGCGGCGUGUGACGGCGGUCAGCGAGGGAGCGGGAACAUCGUGCUCAGGCAACUGGGACGAGUGUCAACACCUCUGGAACUCUCAGUACGCAACUGCAGCCGCUGACAUCUGCACCUCCGCGGCCCACUUCUGUAUACCCAGAUACUGAAUUAUUGAGUGUUAGGAGUCUCGGCGUGUAUUUUGAACAUGUCCAGAAUACACUCUGUGACUGGUUUUCAUGCAGCGCCGCAUCGAUCACACCCAGUGUGUUCCCAUUUCAGAGAAUGUUGUUUCAUAUUUUACUCCUUAAUGGUUUAUUUCAUCCACUCGCAGUUAAUUAGAACAUUAUUUUUAUUCCCUGACCCAGUUGACCUGUGGCUUAUCUGUGGUGUCUGAGGGAUGUAUCAGCAACCUGCACAUCUCCAAUGACACAGCGGCUGUUACACUUUACCGGCUCUGACUGUAAUACUGUCCCUCACAAAGUACAAAAUCAAACUAUUUCACACUUUUAAAUUUAUUCAGAGUCACAGUGGAAAAAAAAAAAGUGGCCUGAAUUCUGAAGAGCUUCUCUCAGGCAGAAGGUCCAUCUGUUCAGAACCACGAACAAUGGACACCAACACUUUUUAUAAAACACAACAUGGGCGUAACAAAGGCGGAGCUUAUUUCUGUGGGUAUUCAGGGGAGGUCCUGCCCCCCCGCCCGUGACCCGCGUGACAAUGGGACAUUUAUGAUUCAUAAUGUAACCUGAAUCUCUUUGUUCUGAUUGGUAAAACCCAGUUCAACAUGCACAUUCCAACAAAUAACAGACUAAACGUGUCUCAAACUAAGAAUAUGAUCCUUCAAUAAAAUAAUUACUUAAUAGCAAAACAAAUAGCAAACAAAAUAAUAAGUAAACACACAAAUGUAUCUGACAGUGGCCAUCUGGAGGUGCCGGUCUCACUUUAUGUUACGGACACAGUCAGUGUUCCUGGAUUGGAUCAGACUCACUGGCUGCAUCAAUCCUGUUCCUGCUCGUCACAGAGAAAAAGCAGCAGGAAGAAUUGAAGGUAUCUUCUCGCAUUCAGCUUCAGGACUCACAGUUACUUCAAGCAGAUUAGAAGAUCAGCCUGAUCAACAUGACCUUCACUUAUUAAAGGCAAACUUAAUUCACUGUGGACCAACAAGAACUGGAUCCGGCUGCAGUGAAGGUCUGUCAGAGCACCAGCAGGAACCGGUUCUGCUGACACCAGUGGGUUCAGGUGGUUUUUGACUCAGGGUGGUCCUGUCUGAGGGUUCUGUGUAAUUCUUACAGUUUUCACUCAAAAAAAAAAAAAAAAGCCUGAAAGUCUUAAAACUCAGCUUGCUUUAUUUAGAGUCCAGUAGAUUGUGGACCAUCCAGAAGUCCAGGUGAGCUUCAGGGAUCGGUUCUGUUUAUAGACUCUUUAUUUCUGACAGAGCAUUUUGCACGGGUUUUUUUUCCGCAAGUCUCCUUUUCGUAGAUUCUGGGUAAAGCUGCUUGGCAGAUGUUCUUCAUAGAUGUAUUUAUUGGACAGCUGAGGUCAUCAUGACGUCUCUCUGUAAAGUUACUGUUGUCGCAGUGUUUUUUUGGACUCCACACGGUGACAAAUAAACAUGUUUCCUCACAAUAA